AUGUCUGAGCCUCGGGGUGGCCCUGUCGUGAGCCUGCGCCCGGAGCUGUCCGACAGCUGCAAGGGCAGAAGCACGCUCUGCGACGUUACACACCACCCGCAAACAACAGACACCAUGGUCAAGCUCAUCGCCGCCGCCCUCGCCCUCCUCGCCGCCGCCGCCACGGCCUGCGACACGGCCUGCAGCGGCGCCUCGGACCGCGACGGCCGCUGCUACUACUCGUGCACCGACAACGCGUGCCACAUGUCCGGGUCGCACCACCGCGACGAGUUCCUCAACGGCCUCUCCGGGCGCGGCUACGACUGCAAGCCCGAGGGCUACAACACGCUGUCGUGCGCCAAGACGGACGGCUUCGGCGGCUGCUGGAGCCACAAGUGGACGUGCGGAGGGCAGUGCUAG